UCUCAACUUGUCGUUGUCCGUGCCUGCACUGCUUUCGUUCGGUCGUGCUCGCUGGAAUUCUCGUGGCGGGCAGGCAACUCCGUGCUGCAUACAUGAAUACAUUUUAUCGAUCCGUGCGUGGGUUAUGCUACUGUAUGCUUUUCUUUCUUUUUCUUUCAUUCUCUUCUUUUCAUGUAUACUUGUUAAACUUCGCCGGUGUUUUGCCGCAGUUGUUGCGACCUUAAAUCGUGGUUUAACAUCCUCGCUUUCUUGUUGCGCUCUUCUUGGCCUUUUGUUGUUGUUGUUGUUUUCCUUUUCAUCUUCCUUUUUGACGUGGCCGCUGUCGAGACGAAACGCGCGAGGAGCGGCGUCCGCGAGGCUCGCGGUCUCGCAGCGCGCGCAUCGUCGUUCGACUACGCCGGCGGCUGCGAUGGGGUGCCCUCGGUGGACCGUGGUGGCUGCCUUGCUGCUGCUGGCCGUGCCUUCGCUGUUGGCGGAGAGCGGCGAGGCGCCCGACGACGAGCAGCCGCCGGUCAACGUCGGCGCCGAGGGGCAGGCGGCGAGCGGGGGCAGCAGCAUGCGCGAGGACGAGCGGGCCGAGGUGCAGGCCCCCGCCGCCUCGCAGCAAGAGCAGGCCGACCAGACCUGGGCCAAGGCCGAGGCGCUGCAAAAGCCGGAGUCCUACGGGUGCGGCGAGGCGUGUGAGACGUGCGACGCCAAACGCGCCGACGACGACGACGACAAGUAAACUGGCUCGCAGCUCAAGCGCUGGAUGGCUUGCGUCAUCACGUAGCUGCAUUGCGGCAGUAUGACCCGGAAGCUCCUCUUCCCGGAUGCCAAAUUGCUCUCACGCCUCAUGCAUCGCCACCCCCUUCCCCAUCCACUCCGCCACUGCACACCAAAGUUUAUGGAUCGGCCUCUGUGGACAGCAAGAAGUCUUGAUUCAAUAUUGCUGGUAUUAAUAAAAUUAACCUGUCCGCAUUA